UAAUUAUAAAAGUUUAGAUACCAAGAGAAAUUUUAAAAUCAUAAUUAUUACCGUAGGUAAAAAUAGAAAAUCCGACGGUAUAAAAGGAGCGGUAAAAAAUGGAGUUCAACUGAACGCGCCACUGGAGAGCGUGAUAUCGACGAUCCUUUUCUUAUACGUUUUUUUGGAGCGAGAAGAAAAAGAAAGGAUAGGAUAUUUGGGCUGAUACUCGCCGUCCGAUGGAGAUAGGCGACAGCUAGCCGUGGCGGUGAAUUCUGUUCCGGCGAUUUGAGGUUGCGGGAAUGUGGAUGUUGCUGAUGAUCAGCUAAGACACAACUUGGACUCCCAUGGAAGUAGCAGUGGAGAAUCUUGGACAAUGGUCGAAAGUCCGAUUCAGCAAUAUUGCAUGACUGAAGAAGAGCAAUGCUGCUUGUAAAGCUCUUUCGUCAAGUGCACGAUCAUGAUAGGACUCGAGAAAGAAGCCCCGACUAGUGCCAGCAGACGCGAUACACCCAUCUCCUUCUUCCUCAUAACUUGGAGCUCCAUUUAAAGCUCAAACCCAGAGAAAGACAGAGACCAAAAAAUGGGCAUUCUUGACUCUGUCUCAGAUUUAAUCUCUGAUUUUGUGACCAUUUCCAGACAAAGGAACAAAAAGCCAUUGCAGACAGUGGAGAUCAAGGUCAAAAUGGACUGCGACGGCUGCGAGCGUCGAGUAAGAAACGCCGUCUCCAAAAUGAAAGGCGUGAAGACGGUGGAAAUAAACAGAAAACAGGGUAAAGUUACAGUGAUCGGGUUCGUUGAUGAGAACAGAGUGUUGAAGAAAGUGAGAAGAACAGGGAAAAUGGCGGAGCUAUGGCCGUAUGUGCCGUACAAUGUGGUGGCGUAUCCCUACGUGGCGCAGGCCUACGACAAAAGGGCGCCGGCGGGCUUCGUUAAAAACGCCGUUCAGGCAGUCCCAAGCCCUAAUGCCGUCGACGAGAAGCUCACCACCAUGUUUAGCGAUGACAAUCCUAACGGCUGCUUCGUUAUGUAAUUCAAACCAUUAUCCAACCUCUUUCUUUCUUUUUUUUUUUNGAAAU